GUACUACUAGACUAGAAGUUUAUGUUAUAAGGAAAAUAAAGACUAAAUAUAAUUAAAAAUCACAAUCGAGUGAAGUAAAAAUAAAUAUAAAAUUAUGGAUGUUAUUCAUCAAUCAUUACGACAGCAAACAUUGAGGAGUACCAUUGAAGACCUCCCAGACGAAGUGUUAGAGUUUAUUUUAGGUCUCUUGCCACCUUACAAAGAUCUACAAAGUUGUAAAACUGUUUGUAAAAGAUGGUACAAUUGUGCAGAGAAUGUCUUGCGUAAAACGUCGAUGAAGCUGGUUAAAGCUGUAGGAGAAUUUAACAUAUUAUGGAAGAAAAUAGCACCCACAGAUCUGUUACCAACCAUAACACGAAGAUUCUCUCAUGCUGCUUGUAUACUUGACAAUAACAUGUACAUAUUUGGAGGCUGCACCACCAACGCAACAUCAUUUAAUGAUUUAUGGAGGUUUGACUUGUCCAAGAGGCAGUGGGUGAGGCCACUGGCUACUGGAACAUACCCAGUGCCAAAAGCAUACACAUCUAUGGUUAGCUAUAAAGAUUUCCUCAUUGUGUUUGGUGGGUGGACAUACCCUUCACUCUCACAGUACUAUCAAAAUGUUACCAUGUUUAAUGAUAUUCAUUUCUACUGUGUCAGCACUAAUAAGUGGAUCUUGAUUAAUGCCACCAACAGUCCGCCCCCUAUGGCAGGACAUUCUGCCUGCAUUCGGGAUAAUGAAAUGGUUGUUUUUGGAGGGCUUGUAAUGUCACCAGCACAAAAUUAUCAAAUUCAAUGCUCAAAUGAUGUGUGGGUGCUAGACCUUACCACUCUAAACUGGAUAAAACAAGCAACAACUAAGCCUAGGCCUUCACCAAGGUAUGCCCAAUCACUUGUGCCUCUGGACUCUGAUAAAGUGAUGUUGUUAGGAGGGGUGCAGACCUUACACAAUCGGUUUGUGUACAGUGAUUGCUGGAUAUUAACCAUGAAGGGCCCAACAUGGACAUGGAAGGAGCUGGCUGUAAAAAAUAAAGAAUGGGCCGCUGCCAACAUAUGGUGUAAUCCUGCAUGUAGGGUUGGAGAUAAGAUAGUCAGUUUAAGCAGGACACGGUACGGUUGGAACUGUGCCAAGCCUUUAGUGACAUCAGCCGUAAGGCUCUCAGCUCUUAGCAGACCUGAAGGUGCUCCAGUGUCAGUGAGAGUGGAACAAAGUUUACAAAGGCCAUUGGACAGAGACCAAAAUAUAAAUGGAAGGAGAGGUGUUUUACCAAGACAGGCUUUGAAUGCUGCCAGACAACUGAAUCAAAGUAAUGAGCCAGUUGCAGGUCCUAGUCAUGAACAAGGAAGAAUUCCUACAUUUAAUGCCACUGAUGAAAAUGCUAGUUCAAACGCUAAUAAUGCUCCUGCAGGUCCAAGUUCAGACUCAAAACCAUCAGGCAGUGCCUUAGACUUAGGUAGGAAAGAAUCUAUUUUGAGAAGAAAUAAAAACAAGAAUAAAGGUAUGAAGAUAGUUCGACAACUACAAGAGGCUAACAAAUACAGGAUGGCAGCAUUUGCUUGUGACAACAGCUUAAACACUGCACCCCCAGAAAAUGAUCUAAUCAAUCAAAGACAAAUUGCCCAUCUUGAAAACAGAAGGGAAGAACCUCCUGUUGAAGCUGAAAAUCCCCAAAGGCAACCAGCUGUAAAGAAGAUUAAACGAAAUACAUUGACAAUGCAUGUUCUUGAUAUAUCCACUGUGUUAAAUGGCAACUCAUUUAAUUACGUCUCCUGGUUGUGUCCGCGACUAGGGGAAACAACUGGAGCCCCAGAGGAACUUGUCAUGUAUUCACUGGUUAAAGGGAACGGUGAACUUAUUAUGUUUGGAGGUGUACACAAUGACAUCAGUAUUCUAAAUUACUCUCAACACCAAAGCAUGUAUUCAAAUUCAUUGCAUUUUAUCACACCACCAAGAGAUAUAAUUUGAAAGAUUAUGUUAUUCAUACUUUAUGUUAUGUACUGAACAAUCUCAUUAAUACAGGAAGUGUACUAUUAACA